AUGGAGACAUUUUAUAAUGGUCUCAAUGGGCAAACACGAACUAUAGUGGAUGCCGCAGCAGGUGGAGCCAUUUUGGCCAAAUCUUAUAAUGAUGCAUAUGAGAUUUUAGAGAGGAUGGCAAACAACAACUAUCAAUGGCCAACCGAGAGGCAUAAUGCAAGGAAGGCCACUGGAAUUCACGAGGUUGACGCCAUCACUGCACUCUCAGCACAAAUGUCAUCCUUGACGAAUAUGGUAAAGGCAUUAAACACACUGGCAGGGGUAAAUGCAGUGCACCCCCCUGAUUGCCCAUCCAACCCUGCCUCUGCAUGCUAUGUUGCCAAUUUCAACAAAGGUGGUCAUCACUAUUCAAAUCCUCAUAACCGAGGGAUGAGGCAACAUCCAAACUUAUCAUGGAGUAAUCAAGGAGCAGGAACUAGUCAGCCCAAUACCUACCACAGAAGCACCUACCCACCUGGAUAUCCACCACAACAACAAAGGACUCAAGCCGUGGAACAAUCUAGCUCUUUGGAGAGCUUGUUAAAAGAGUUUAUUUCAAGGAGUGAAGCCAAAAUCCAGAGCCAUGAUGCUGCACUGUGGAAUUUAGAAAAUCAGGUUGGGCAGAUUGCAAAUUCUCUCAAGAACAGGCCCCAAGGUUCUCUACCAAGCAAUACCGAAGAUCCACGAAGAGACGGGAAAGAACACUGCAAAGCUAUCACACUAAGGUGUGGAAAGGAGUUGGAAUCAAGGGCAAAACCUCUGGCUGCUCACACAGAGCCCACUUCAAUCCAAGGGGGAGAGAAGAAAACACUACCGCAAAAAGAACAGCCCAGGAGUAAGCAACUGGACUCUGAUGUCCAGAAUGCUGCAGCAUUACCGCAGCACUCAGAAGCAGCCAACACCAGCAACACUAGUGGCAACCGACCACCUCUACCAUUCCCACAGCGCUUUCAGAAACAACAACAAGAUGGGCAGUUCCGCAAGUUUUUAGAUGUUUUGAAACAGCUACACAUCAACAUACGGCUAGUGGAAGCCUUAGAACAAAUGCCAAGCUAUGCUAAGUUCAUGAAGGAUCUCGUGACCAAGAAAUGCAGGCUUGGGGAGUUUGAAACAGUGGCUUUGACCGAAGAAUGCAGUGCUAUUCUACAGAACAAACUCCCGCCCAAGCUAAAGGAUCCAUGA